AUGCGAUGCCCCGAGGACGAGGCCGAGUCCCUGGUAAGGAUCAAGACGCGCCGCGGCAUCCUGGAGUUCCAGGCGAGCCAGGUCCGGCCGAGGCGCCUCGGUGUGAUCGUGGCCAAGCGGCGCCUGAUCCUGGAGUACGAGGUGCCAGGGCACCUGCGAGCGCUGCACGUCGUCGACGUCCCCGCGGCGGACGGCCCCGAGGCUGCGGCUGCUGCUCGCCCCGACUGGGCCGCGGAGGCAGAGGGCCUCCGCCGUGCGCAUGGCCCGUGGCUGGGCAAGGUGGCCACCGCCCAGCUCGCGCGGCUCCUGAGCCACCUGGCCCAGCUCGCGCCGGCGCCCGCGGAGCCGGGCCCGCCCGGCCGCGCGGCGCAGGGUGGGCACGAGGCCGCCGAGGAGGCUGCCCAGCUCGCGCAGGCGUCCGCGGAGGCCGGUUCGCCGGGCCGCGCGCCGCAGGGCGGGCACGACGCCUCUGCCAGCACGCCGCGGACCAUCGCCGCCGAGGAGGCCCAAGAGCUGCGGGAGCUGGCGUGCCCCUACGGGCUCCGGCAGGCGGAGGGCGGGCCCUGCGGCGUGGUGGCCCCCGUGCAGGGCUUCCUGGUGCGCCGGCUGCUCAUGGGCGCCGCCGCUCCGGCCACGGUGACGCCGGAGCAGCGCGGCGCCGCGCUGCUGGAUGCACUGGCGGACGUGCUGUGCCAGUGCGCUCCGCGGUGCGGCGCUGCCGGCGCUCCGUGCGUCCGCGUCCUGGCGCCGCCGGCGGGCGCGGCCGCGGGGCGCGUGCUGCGCGGCCCCGAGGGCUGCCUCGUGCACGAGUUCCGCGGCUGGGCCGCGCUGCGGAGCGCGCUGGAGGGGCCGCCGCUCUCGGACCUCUACCUCUGCGAUGCGGAGGGCAGCAGCGCCAGCGCGGGGGUUCUGCUCUUCCUGUACAGCGUGCUCUCGACGCGGGGCGCGUCGGCCGUGCGGGCGGACGCCGACCUGCCCGACCAGGCCUCCAUGAUCGGGGCCCACGGCUACUGCACACAGGAGGCGGUGAACCUGCUGCUGGCCGGGCGGGCGUGCUCGAACGUCUUCGACGGCGACAAGGAGAUCGGUGGCGAGGGCACCUCCGACACCAUGCGCCUCAGGGGCAUCGAGUCCCAGACGCAGGUCGGCUUCCUGAGCCUGUUCGAGGCCUUCGGCUCGCUCCAGGUUGGCACGCACAUGAAGAGCCCCGCGUGGCCCGUCUGGGUGGUGCACGCGGAGUCCCACUACAGCGUGCUCUUCUCGGGGCCGCCCGUGGUCGGAGAGCAGCCGGAGCGGGCCGACCAAGAGGUCGACGUGUGGUACUACGACCCGCUGGGGCGCCAGGACGAGGAGAAGCGGAUCACGGUGCGGCCCGGCAGGCUUGCCGCCCCUCCGGACGAGGACGACCUGGACGCGAACGGCAUGAUCGCCAAGGUGGUCCGCACCCGUUGGGGCGCGCUGGCGGACUUGGACUGGAACGGCGCGGACCCAUCUACUAACCCAUCUACUAACCCCCAUUGGUGCCGGGCACGGCUCCCGCUGGAGCCCGCGCUGUCAGGCCCCCGAGCGGCUGGGCCGGCCUGGCGGCCCGGCUCUCCCCGCCUGGAGUGCGGCCCCCCCGCCAGCGGCUGCCCGUGCGCCCGCUUUCCCGCGCGUGCUCUCGCAGCAGCUUCUCUGGGCCGGAGGCCUCUAGGUUUGGAGCCUCGGGCCGCGAUCAAAGCGAGCCUCGUCACAAGCAGUCCGUCUGACGUCCUGGCCCGCGCGCCGCCGAGAGGCGGAGGCUCGGAAAACGCCUCUAUGACCUGCUGA